GAAAAUAAAUAAAAACGCGAAAAACGCACUAUAAAUUAGAAACGAAAGGAGAAAACCCUUCCCGGCAAAUCCCACAAACGAAAUUCAAUUGAUAAAUUUCAGUAGAGGAAAACGCCAACAGCAAGAAAUCAGAUCCGGACUCGGGUCUGCCCGUGCGGUCUGGAUUUCAUUCUGUGGCGGGAGAGCAAGAGGCUGAGCAUUUUGUGAGCCUGAAAAUGGAGGACGAUAAGAAGAAGAAAAAGAAGAACAAGAAGAAGAAGAACAAGCAGGUUGAGACCACCGACAACUUUCCGGUUUCCGGCAAUGACCAAGUUUCGAAGGACGCCGCCGACGACGGUCGUUUAGACGAUGUCCCGGUUACGGGUAACGGCCAAGUUCCAGAGGCCGUCGCCGAUGUUUGUUCAGAUGCUAUGCAAGACGAAGAUGCGAAUGGGAAUAGGCAUGAGAGCAAUGGCACGGAAUGUUCGUUAGCUGAAUCUGAGAAACAACAUUGGCUCCAAAGAGAGGCUACCUUAGAAGAAACAAUCAAACAAUUACAAAAGGAGACGGACUUGCACAUACAGAAAGAGGCUACCUUAGAGGAUGCUAUUAAACAGUUAAGAAAUGAAAAUGAUUCACAUAUACAGAAAGAGGCUAGCUUAGAAGAUUUCAUAAAACAAUUGCGGCAUGAAAAUGAUUCACAUAUACAGAAAGAGGCCGACCAACAGAAGGAAAUUGUACAAUUACAGAGUGAAAAAGAUUCUUGGCUUCAAAAAGAGGUUGGAUUAGAGGAGAAAAUUGGUCGAUUAGUAGAUGAAAAGGCUACUUUGGAUUCAAAAGAGUCAAGCUUACAGGAAAAGAUUAAACAUCUAGAGAGAGAUAGAGAUACCUGGAUUCUAAAGGAGGAUUCGUUUAAAGAAAUGGUAGCAAUUCUGAAUGAUGAUGUUGCUAAGUUACGAGCACAGGUGUUGGAAUUGGAGCAAUCCAGGGAUAAUUUUGUCCAAGAAAAUCAACAGCUGAUGGAAAACUCCUCUAGUCUGCAGUUGCAAAUUAAGAAUCUUGAGAGUGUCUCCUCUACUCCCUCAUCAGACGAACUUCCAAAGCAUGCUUUGGAACGUGAGGAUUUGAACUCUCAGGUUGAAGCAGCAUGUGCACUGGUUGAGAAACUAAUGGCAGAAAAUGCAGAGCUUGUUGAAAAGGUGAAUGAGUUGCAUGUUGAACUUGACCGGCGGAGUGCAACAGUUGAGCUCACUUCAACAAAAACAUCUAAUAUAACAAUUGCCCCUCCUGAAACUGCCAGUGUCAUCGAUCCCAUGUCCAGAUCCAAUGAGGAUAUGUCCACAUCAGACCAGAAGCUUGAUUCCCCAGAAGUUGCUCCAAUCAAACAGGAGAUGCCUAGUAAUGGUAGCGAGGAUUCUCAGCAUGUUGCUUUUGUUCCAGAAUUGCCAUUAUCUGAUGAAAUUAGUGAAAUAGUGCAAAUUCCGUUGGAUGAGAAUGAAGUCCGGAAUCUAGAGUUGUCAGUUGAGACCGAUAAAAAUGCUGCUGUGCCGCUUAUAGAUGCUCCCCUUAUUGGUGCGCCUUUCCGGUUAAUGUCAUUUGUCGCUAGAUAUGUGAGCGGUGCUGAUUUGGUUAACCAAGCUCCUACCAACUCUAGUCAAUAGCUGUCUACAUACAUUGACAUGAGCACAGGCAUAACUUACCGAGAUUUUUGUUGAAGUAAGAAUUACUAUUCUUUUAGAGAUCAAAGGCAGGCCUUUAUCUUGGCCAUUUACAUUGUUAAAGUAUCAGAAAAAGGUAAGUUUUGUUGAAGAAAAACCUGUAAGCUAUGUGAUUUCACUUCUUGGCUCCCUCUUUACGGAUGUUUUUCUGAGCAGGUUUCUAGGUUUUUUGGCAAUCGAAUUCUCAUAUGCCAUUUUGGGGAAUUUCAUUUGUUUAGUUGCAACUUCUCAUUCCACCCAAAGUGGGAGCUUUGGACAAGGUUGAUCUUUGAUCUAA